UCUUUUCACCUUUUCCAAAAGCAACGCAAUGCACAUCCUUUAGAUUCUUCUUCUUCUUCAAUCCUCAUUCUUCAAUCCUGUCUUUCUCUUUUUGCACAGAGCCAGCUCCUUCACCUCUUUCUGACUCUAUGUUUUUGUAACUUAAUCCAUUUUCGACUUUGCUGCUGCCUCCUAGAUUCUUAUAGAUACUCUGAACAGAAGUUCUCAUACUAUUUCAGAACUAUUCUGUUACCAGAUCAGGCAUUUUCACCAUGACCAAGAUUAGUCCUGAAGUUGAAAUCAAGAUGCCGAUGGAAGCAGUACCACCGGUUUCUGCCGACGUGAGCUUUAUUUCUAACGGUUUUCCAAAGUAUAAACUGGGAGCUGAUAAUCAAGUUGUGGAAGAACCAGUUCAGGGUAACCAGGGACCUUCCUUGAAAGAUGUCAUUGAUGAAGAAGCUUCCAAUUUGUAUGACCAACACAAGCGUAUCUCAGUUCGUGACCUUGCGAGUAAAUUUGACAAGAACUUGGCUGCAGCUGCUAAGUUGUCUAAUGAGGCAAAGCUAAGAGAGGUGGCAUCUCUGGAAGGACAUGUUCUUUUGAAGAAGCUAAGAGAUGCAUUAGAAUCUUUAAGAGGCCGUUUUGCAGGAAUAAAUAAAGAGGAUGUGGAGAAAGCUAUCGCAAUGGUGGAAGCUUUGGCUGUUAAAUUAACUCAAAAUGAAGGAGAAUUGAUUCAAGAAAAGUUUGAAGUGAAGAAGCUUGCAAACUUUCUCAAACAGGCUUCUGAAGAUGCUAAAAAGUUGGUUAAUCAAGAGAAGUCUUUUGCUUGCGCUGAAAUUGAGAGUGCUAGGGCAGUGGUGCUGAGAAUUGGGGAGGCCCUUGAGGAACAAGAAAAAGUUUCCCAAGCUUCUAAACCAAAGGAUGUGGAUGGACUAGUAGAAGAAGUUCAAGAGGCUAGAAGAAUCAAGUUGUUGCAUCAGCCAUUCAAGGUGAUGGCCAUGGAAUAUGAACUCCGUGCUCUAAGGGAUCAAAUUCGAGAAAAAUCUAUAUUUUCAAUUAAGCUUCAGAAGGAGCUAACAAUGACCAAGAUGAGUGAGGAGAACAAAUAUCAGUUAUAUAAGUUAGGUGGUUCUGAAGUUCUGGGCUCAUACUUGCGAGUUCAGCCUUGCUCAGAUGAAGUACCACAAAUUUCAAAAUGUUCAUUUCAAUGGUAUCGCUUGUCAUCCGAAGGUAGCUGGAGGGAGGUUAUUUCAGGUGCAAACAGAUCAAUAUAUGCUCCAGACCCCUCUGAUGUUGGGAGAAUCUUACAAGUUGAUGUUGUCUCAAAUGGCAAGAAACUCACACUAUCAACUAAUCCCAUUCAAACAGUUUCAGGACUUGGAAGCCAUGUGGAUACACUUCUACGAAAAUCUAAUACCGAUUUUAAUGUAGUUAUUUCUCAGAUGAACGGAAAAGAUCAUUCAUCACAUUCUACUCAUUCAUUCGGUGUGGGGAGAAUGCGGAUAAAGCUAUGUAGAGGUUGGAUUACAAAAGCUAGAGAGAUUUACUCUCCAUCAAUGCAGCUAUGCGGAGUUAGAGGUGAUGCCAGUAAUGCAGCAAAGACACUUUUUUGGCAAGCGAGAAAGGGGCUCUCAUUUGUGUUAACCUUCGAGUCGGAGAGAGACAGAAAUGCAGCCAUUAUGGUUGCUAGGAAACAUGCUCUUGAUUGCAAUGUUGUGCUUGCUGGUCCAGAUGAUCUAGUGUAGGAGUAAGUUUAACUGACUUGAAGAGUUUUCAGCAAAGUGAGUAUUAUCAUAUUCUUGGUGUGAGUAUACAUGUGUGCUUUGUUUUGUUGGUGAAAGAUAUGAUUUCAGCUUUGUAAUGGGGUUUUCUUUUUUUCUUUUUUCCACUAAUUGGGGUUGCAUUGUUUUAGGCAUGUUUUUUUUGUUUGCCUAAUCAUGUUGUAACAAACUCAACUCUUUCUAUUAGUUCAUUUGUUCAUUGUGGCUAA